AUGAUGGAGUGGGAUAGUAACUCGGAGUCUGAUCUGAUGGAAGGGGAAGAAGAUGAAGAAGUAGAAGGGUUGGGGUUUUUGUUGAGGAGAAGUGGAGGAGAAGGUGGGACACCGCUUUUUUCGGUGGACAAGCUUCUACAACCGGCGCCUUGCGGGUUUGUUGUCACAGAUGCUUUGGAACCGGACCAUCCCAUUAUUUACGUUAAUUCUGUGUUUGAGAUGGUUACUGGUUACCGUGCAGAAGAAGUUCUCGGCCGCAACUGUCGCUUCUUGCAAUGCAGAGGCCCAUUUGCUAAGAGAAGGCAUCCACUGGUGGACCCAAUAGUAGUCUCUGAAAUGAGAAGAUGCCUAAUGGAAGGUGUUGAAUUUCAAGCUGAAUUGUUAAAUUUUAGAAAAGAUGGAUCCCCAUUAAUGAAUAGGCUGCGCAUGACUCCAAUAUAUGGUGACGACGAGACAAUUACCCAUAUCAUUGGUGUACAGUUCUUUACGGAAGCAAAUCUUGAUCUGGGACAACUUUCUGGAUCUUCAGCAAAGGAGACUUCUAAAAUAUCUGAAAGGUUUAAAUUCAGUCCUUCUCCUUGUGUACUAGUUACAGAUGGGAAGCGGAAUAUCAGUCGCGGGGUUUGUGGAAUAACGCAGUUAAGUGAUGAAGUCCUCUCUAUGAAGAUUCUUUCUCGACUGACUCCUAGAGAUAUUGCAUCCGUUGGCUCUGUUUCUCGGCGACUGUAUGAGCUGACUAAGAAUGAGGAUCUCUGGCGAAUGGUCUGCCAAAAUGCAUGGGGCAGUGAAACAACUCGAGUAUUAGAAACAGUGCCAGGUGCUAAACUCUUAGGGUGGGGUAGAUUGGCAAGGGAACUUACCACUCUUGAAGCUGCAGCAUGGAAAAAACUAACAGUUGGAGGUGUUGUUGAACCCUCUCGUUGCAACUUCAGCGCAUGUGCUGUUGGUAAUCGUGUGGUUCUUUUUGGUGGGGAGGGUGUCAACAUGCAACCCAUGAAUGAUACCUUUGUGCUGGACCUGAACUCGAGCAAUCCCGAGUGGCAACAUGUCAAAGUGAGCUCUCCUCCUCCUGGUCGUUGGGGCCACACACUUUCUUGUGUGAACGGGUCCCAUCUUGUUCUGUUCGGUGGCUGUGGGAGGCAAGGUUUACUUAAUGACGUCUUUGUGUUGGAUUUGGACGCUAAGCAUCCUACUUGGCGCGAAAUCUCCAGUUUGGCUCCUCCACUCCCUAGAUCUUGGCAUAGCUCCUGCACACUGGAUGGAACCAAGCUGAUAGUCUCUGGUGGUUGCGCUGAUUCUGGAGUACUUCUGAGCGACACUUUUCUGCUUGAUCUUUCCAUGGAGAAACCAGUGUGGCGAGAGAUACCUGUAGCAUGGACUCCACCUUCACGUUUAGGGCAUACAUUGUCGGUUUAUGGUGGGAGGAAAAUCUUGAUGUUCGGGGGUCUUGCGAAGAGUGGUCCUCUUCGGUUUCGAUCAAGUGAUGUAUUCACCAUGGAUCUGAGCGAGGAGGAACCAUGUUGGAGAUGCGUAACGGGGAGUGGGAUGCCUGGUGCUGGAAAUCCAGGAGGUAUAGCUCCUCCUCCCCGGCUUGAUCAUGUGGCGGUGAGCCUCCCAGGUGACAGAAUCCUUGUCUUUGGUGGUUCUGUCGCUGGUCUUCACUCAGCAUCCCAGCUCUAUAUACUCGAUCCAACCGAAGAGAAACCAACAUGGAGGAUUCUGAAUGUACCCGGGCAGCCUCCAAGAUUUGCUUGGGGACACAGUACAUGUGUCGUUGGAGGUACUCGAGCCAUAGUCCUUGGAGGUCAAACCGGGGAAGAAUGGAUGCUAAGUGAGAUUCAUGAAUUAUCUUUAACAAGCUCCACGAUCUGA